GAAGGAGAGAUGAGAAAAAGAUACGACCAAAACAGUGAAAUCUCAAAUCUUCCUUCAACUUAUCCUUAGCCUAGUCUCACUCUCACAUGCCAAAGCCAAACUCUUGUCCCGUGUACGUGUAAAAAGAAAAAAACAACUUCGAUAAAUAACAACACAAAGGAAGAAACAAAUAAAAAGAAUGGCGUCCAUGUUUGGCACAUCUUCAAUUGCCUUCCUCUCUUCACGAUACCACUCUUCCCAAUCCCUUGCCACCAAUUCUCCCUCUCUAACCACAGUGCAGGUAUUUGGGCGCAAGUUUUGCGGAGGAAAUGGAUUUCACGGCGUCAAGGUUACAAGUGUUGUUGCCACUCAACUUAACUCUGCACAACAGGCUCAGAAGAUUGCUUUUAACGAGAGCCAGAGGCCGGUGUACCCAUUUUCUGCUAUAGUGGGACAGGAUGAGAUGAAGCUUUGCCUUCUCCUAAAUGUAAUUGAUCCCAAGAUUGGAGGUGUAAUGAUCAUGGGGGACAGAGGAACGGGGAAAUCUACAACUGUUAGAUCAUUGGUAGAUUUGCUUCCUGAAAUCAAGGUUGUUGCUGGUGACCCAUAUAAUUCAGACCCAGAGGAUCCAGAAUUCAUGGGUGUUGAAGUGAGAGAGCGUGUGAUAAAAGGAGAGCAGCUUCAGGUUGUCUUCUCCAAAAUUAACAUGGUGGAUUUGCCAUUGGGAGCUACAGAAGAUAGAGUCUGCGGGACAAUUGACAUUGAGAAGGCCCUCACUGAGGGUGUAAAGGCAUUUGAGCCAGGUCUACUGGCUAAAGCUAAUAGGGGAAUUCUGUAUGUUGAUGAAGUUAACCUUUUGGAUGAUCACUUAGUUGAUGUAUUGUUGGAUUCUGCUGCAUCAGGUUGGAACACGGUGGAGAGAGAGGGUAUUUCGAUCUCACAUCCUGCUAGGUUUAUCCUAAUUGGUUCAGGCAACCCUGAAGAAGGGGAGCUCAGGCCACAACUGCUGGAUAGGUUUGGAAUGCAUGCUCAAGUAGGGACUGUGAGGGAUGCUGAGCUAAGAGUGAAGAUUGUGGAGGAGAGAGCUCGUUUUGACAAAAAUCCGAAGGUUUUCCGGGAUUCUUACAAGGCAGAGCAAGAAAAGCUCCAGCAACAAAUUGCCUCAGCAAGGAGUUUUCUUUCUUCUGUUCAAAUUGAUCGUGAUCUCAAGGUAAAGAUCUCCAAGGUAUGUGCAGAGUUGAAUGUGGACGGAUUAAGAGGAGACAUAGUAACAAACAGAGCUGCAAAAGCUCUUGCUGCCCUCAAGGGAAGAGACAAAGUAAGUGCAGAGGAUAUUGCUACUGUCAUCCCUAACUGCUUGAGGCACCGUCUUCGAAAGGAUCCCUUGGAGUCAAUAGAUUCAGGUCUACUUGUCCUAGAGAAAUUUUACGAGGUUUUCAGAUGAACAUGGUAUAACAUGUUCUGUCUACUACUCUUGUAUUUGUUCAAUAUUUUGCCACUUCAUCUUUUACAUUUUUGUCUUUUUCUGUGGGGAUUUUCAUUUUCCUUGAAAUUAACAUGAGGAAGAUUCAGAAAUCCCGUGUAUAAACGAAAAUUUCUGGCCUUUUGCAUUAUACGGUUUCAGGAUCUAUAUUUCUUCUGAA